AUGGCGCCCUCUCUUAACGACGUCCCUGUCAGCUCUACCGUUUCGCCUUCCCCGUGCAAUGUUGCUAUCAACGGCUUCGGGCGUAUAGGCCGGAAUGUCCUUCGUGCUGCUCUCGUCCGCUCCGAUGUGCAAGUCAUUGCCAUCAACCAUACAUGCACCACAGUAGAGGACCUCAUCUAUCUCAUCCGCUAUGAUUCUUCCAUGGGCGAUUUGGACGAGAGGAUCGAUAUCCAGAUUAUCUCCGAGAACCGGAUCGCAAUCGACGGUAAACAAAUCGCCCUCACCUCCGAAAGGGACCUGAAGAAGCUGAACUGGGCGGCAUUGGGGGUUGAGUACAUCCUCGAAUGCACCGGAAAGUUCACCAAGAAAGACCUCGCGAUGGACCAUGUUACAUACGGUGGAGCCAAGCGUGUUCUCAUUUCUGCGCCCAGCUCAGAUGCACCAACCUUUGUCUACGGCGUGAAUUCAGAUACCUAUACAUCGACCGAGGCUUGCCGGGUGGUUUCCAACGCGAGCUGCACCACGAACUGUAUCGCCCCUGUUCUCAAGGUGCUUCAUGAGACCUUUGGAGUCGCACAAGGCCUCAUGACUACAAUUCAUGCUGCGACUCGAUCCCAGCAGGUUCUGGAUGGAUACAGCAAGAAGAACCGUCGUCUAGGCCGUGGAAUAUUCAACAACAUCAUCCCAACCACAACCGGUGCUGCGAAAGCAGUGGCAAGCGUACUGCCCGAACUCGCCGGCAAAGUCACUGGGGUUUCGAUCCGAGUACCAACGUUCGUCUCCCGUACAAAACCGCUUAUCCGGCAGCAAGCUAACUUCCACAGACCGAACGUCUCCAUGAUCGACUUGACUAUCAGCACCGAGAAGCCGACAUCCUUAGCAGAAGUACUCUCCGCGUUUCGUGUGGCGUCCAAGUCCCAUAUGGCCGGAGUCCUUCGAGUAACAGACGAGGAGCUUGUGAGCAGCGACUACAAUGGCAGUUCGUACAGUGCAAUCAUCGACGCUCCCGCUUGUGUGGAGCUCAAUCCACAGUUCUUCAAAAUCAUGGCUUGGUAUGACAAUGAAUGGGGCUAUUCGAACCGACUUCUUGAUUUGGCGACCUUAGUCCAUGCCCAGGAGGCAGCUUGA